UCUACUUAUGUGGCUGCAGAGAGGAGGACAGAGGACAGUGGACACACAGUUAACCAUGAGGGACUUUAGGACAGGACUGCUGCUUUUAACUGUCUUCUGCGCAGGUGUUGAUGGUCAGACUCUGACACAAUCUGAAGCAGUGAUUAAAAGGCCCGAAGAUUCUCACAGGUUGACUUGUACAACAUCUGGAUUCACAUUCAGCAGCUACUGGAUGCACUGGAUCAGACAGGCUCCUGGAAAAGGACUGGAGUGGAUCGCUUACAUCGGCAGAUCUAGUUCUCCUAUCAAUUACUCCCCAUCAGUCAAGGGUAGAUUCACCAUCUCCAGAGAUGACUCCAGCAGUAAACUGUAUCUACAGAUGAACAGUCUGAAGACUGAGGACAGCGCAGUGUAUUACUGUGCUAGAGACCCACAGAGAGGAGGACAGAGGACAGUGGACACACAGUUAACCAUGAGGGACUUUAGGACAGGACUGCUGCUUUUAACUGUCUUCUGCGCAGGUGUUGAUGGUCAGACUCUGACACAAUCUGAAGCAGUGAUUAAAAGGCCUGAAGAAUCUCACAGGUUGACUUGUACAACAUCUGGAUUCACAUUCAGAAGCUACGAGAUGAACUGGAUCAGACAGGCUCCUGGAAAAGGACUGGAGUGGAUCGCUUUCAUCAGCACAUCUAGUUCUCCUAUCUAUUACUCCCCAUCAGUCAAGGGUAGAUUCACCAUCUCCAGAGAUGACUCCAGCAGAGUUUGGAGUGAAAUCAAACACGAACAGUCUCCCUCCGAGGUGAAGAAACCUGGAGAGAAAGUGAAGAUGUCGUGUAUCACGUCAGGUUAUACAAUGACAGACCACUUUAUUAGCUGGAUACGACAGAGGCCAGGAAAUGCUCUGGAGUGGAUUGGGAGGAUGAACACAGGCAGCAACUCUGCUACCUUCAGCAGCUCCUUCCAAAGCCGUUUCAUCAUGACUGAAGAUGUGUCCAAGAGCACUCAGUACCUCGAGGUCACGAGCCUGACAGCAGAAGACUCAGCUGUUUACUUCUGCGUUUCCAGUCAGACUCUGAGUGAGUCUGAACCAGCGGUGAAGCUCCCAGGAGAAUCCCAUAAACUGACCUGUACCUAUGCAGGAAUAUCAGAUGAUGCUGCUGAUAUCUGCUGGAUCAGACAAGCUGAAGGAAAAGGACUGGAGUGGAUUGCCCAAAUUUCUGCUCCGAGUGGAAGCAGUAAAUAUUAUUCCACGUCUGUCCUGAAUCGUUUCACCAUUUCCAGAGACAACGCCGUGGACCAGGUGUCUCUGCAGAUGAACAAAACGACUGCAUCACCAACUCUGUUCCCUUUGGUGAUGUGCCAACCCGGGUGUGCAGAUGAAAUCACCGUUGGUUGUCUUGCACACGACUUCUUCCCAGAGAGUCUUACUUUCCAGUGGACCAAUGCUAAGGGGGCUGUGACUUCUGAUAAAUAUCCUUCAACUCUGAACAACAAAAAAUAUACGGGAGUCAGUUUGCUCAAAGUAUCAAAGUCUGACUGGAAUUCAAGGCGCUCUUUUCAAUGUUCUGUGACGCACACAGGAGGCUCAAAAAGUGUGACAUUGGAAAAAGAGGCCUCUUGUCCUCCGAUAAGUGACAUCACAAUGACACUGAAACCAACAAGUCCCAAAGAAGUUUUCAACAACAACCAGUUAAAGUGGGAGUGCAGCAUUACAGGACUGGACCAGAACACCAAAGAGGAAAUUAAAUUCACUUGGCAAAUUGAUGGAAAUGAUGAGACAGAGAACAUCAAUGAAACAACAGACGCCACAGGCCGCAAAAUCAGCACGUUGACUCGCGACCGCUCUGAAUGGGAGAAAAUUGACAAGGUGCGCUGUUCUGCUAAGGGCCUUUCUAAAGAUCUGAAAAUCUACAAAGGAGGUGAAGACCCAAAAGUAACCGUCCACGUCCUCACACAGGAAGAUGUCAAGGAAGGAGCUGAGGUCACUCUGUUGUGUCUGGUCUCUACCAGGAAACCGCAGGAUUUCUACAUCGCCUGGUUAGAAGGAAGUAAAUCGAAUGUCAACGUCUAUAACGAUGGCAUCGACUUCCCCCCUAUGGAGACCAAACACGGCUUCUUUGUUACGAGUCUUUACACCACCUCCUUCGAUAAGUGGAACAAUACCAACCUGUUCUCCUGCAACGUGUGGUCACCUGGUAGCAAAAAGCUCAGAGGAGUGUCUGGAUCGGCAAUUAGAUCAAGUGAAUCUUUUAAACUGCGUGUCGCUAUGAGCUGCACAGAUGAUGCCAUUGAUGAAGACGAGUACAGCAGCCUGUGGUCCACCACCUCCUCCUUCAUAUUCCUCUUCAUAUCCUCUCUCAUUUACAGCAUGGUAUUCAGCCUGGUCAAGAUGAAGAGGCCAUGAGAUGAGAUUGAUGCAUAACAUGGACUUCACUUCUUCAUUUGUCUUCUAAGUAUUAUUUCUGGUUUUAAAACAUUUAUUUGAGCGCUAAUUUAAAUGUUUGUUAUUUACAUAUAUUGAUUAAAUAAGUCACUCAAAAUAGAUUUUUCUGUGACCUGCACCACAUAAAAGAUACAAUUGUAAUUGUUAGUCAUUUAGAUGAAUAGAUUCCCUGCAUUGGCUUCUGUUCUUGCAUUAUGAAUAGAAAUGUUGUACAUUUAUUUUCUUGAAGACUUAAAUAUUAUCUGUUGGUAAAGUUUUACAAAUGUUCAUUGCCACAUAGAUAUCAAAUUGCACUGUAGUUGAGAUGUUUGUAACUUUGUCUGAUAAUACAUUUCUAAGUUUCCUUGUUUGCCAUUAUGUUGAACAUUUUUUUAUGUAAUUCAACAGAUAUAAUAUUUACAGUAUUAUUGGACAGACACAUACAAGCAUACAAGAAAACUUC